GAAUCAACAGGGAAGAAAACCGGAUACGGGGCAGCAGCGCUUUAAGAACAUGCUGGCAGGGAGGUGACCUUAGUUAUUGUAAACGUAUAAACACAAACGAAUCGAAUAGGUCUUACAUUUCAGAUUGGUCACAACCGAUCUCUUUCAUUUUCAACGGAGUAUAAUUCAAUUCAUUUCUAAAGAUGGCAGAGGCGCAUCAGGCACGCAUACAGACUGUGGUUGAAGAUAUGGUGCAGAGCUUAGAGAGGGACCAUAUCCGCAAAAUGCAAGGACUUAUGUUCAAAUGCAGCGCAGACUGCUGUGACAGGUCGUCGGACUCCAUGUCCCAGGUGCACCAGUGUAUCGAACACUGUCACACCCCGCUGGCCCAGGCUCAGGGACUUGUGACAUCAGAACUCGAGAAAUUUCAGGACCGCCUGGCCAGGUGUACGAUGCACUGCAGCGACAAGGCCAAGGACCUGUUUGACUCGGGGGCCAAGGAGCCCGCUGUGAGGGCCCUGAUGGACCGCUGCGUCGGCAGCUGCGUGGAUGACCACAUGAACCUGGUGCCCAGCAUGACCCGCAGGCUCAGGGACAACCUGGACGCUAUCCCGCAGUGAGGGGGAUCCAAUAUGACCACUGCUGCUGGUUAACUUCAAGUCCAACACAACCUGCAUUAUGUCUCACUAUGAGAUGACUGGUGGGUUACUGAAACUAGGAAGAAAAAUGGGACUUGAAGGUCAGAGGAUUCCAGUGAACUGGUCGUGGUUAACGUAUGCGGUUAAGGAAGAGGUUGUCAUUUAAAUACAUGUUAGAAAAAUACUCCCAUCACUCUGAGUCCUUUGCUCAGUGACCAGUUGUAUUUGUCAUCUGUACCUGCCCUGUGAAGUGAAAGUUGAACGUUGUAUGGCUUUUUCAUUGCAUUGAAAAGGUUUCCCCAUGUUUUAUCUUUGUGUCUGAAGUUAUGAGGGAAACGGGUGCUACUUAAAUGAGAAUACACAUCCACAUUCAUGUUUAUUUAUUCACUCUUCAAUGACAUAUUAAAAAUACUGCAAAUAAAACUUUCUUAGCCACCUCUUA